UAUUUUUGCAAAACGCAAACCCACGUGCGCUGUUUACAUCGACGAGAAAUAUUUUUCCGUAUUUUUCAACCGAAAUGCUUGAAUAUGUUCAGAUUUUGAGUACUUUUCACUGCAUUUAGAGGUUGAUUUAUUGUAGGAUUACGCAAUGUCUCGACUGAUUGUCAAAAAUUUGGCAAAUAGCGUUUCUGCUGAAAAGAUUCGAAAGAGUUUCGGCAGCAAAGGAGUGAUUACUGAUGUUCAGUUAAAGUUCACAAAAGAUGGAAAAUUCCGUCACUUUGGUUUCGUUGGAUUUAAGAAUCCGGAAGAAGCGCAAGCGGCGAAGGAGUUUUUCGAUGGCACUUUCAUCAACGGAACUAAAAUUCAAGUGGAAGUUUGCGCUGAUUUAGGAGACUCAAAUAAACCUCAGGCCUGGAGCAAAUAUGCACCUGAUAGUGCCGCUUACAAGAAAGCACAUGGCGAAGAAAAAUCAACUGAUCAGCUAAAAAAGCCAAAAGAAGAGAAGAAAAAGAAAAAGGAGAGCAAAAAUAAGGAGCUGAUUGAAAAGCACAAAGACGAUCCUCUCUUUGCUGAAUUUUUGGAAACUCAUGGCAAAACAUUAGAAGAGCUCGUUGAGACAGAGCCUGAGAAGGAAGAAGAAUCCAAAACAGCAGAUGAAGCCAAUGAAGGUGUUGAGGAGGAUGCAGUUGAAAAAGAAGCCAAUAAGAAAAUUUCAGAUUUAGAGUACCUUCAAUCGAUGAAAGAAAAGUCCGGUGAAGAAACUCAAGUGAAACCACCCAGAAAGAAGAUGGAGAAAAUAAAAAAGCAAGUCCUGAAAAACACACUCUUUACUGUGAAAUUGCGAGGGCUUGCAUUCAAGCACAAAAAGAAAGACAUCAAGCAAUUCUUUGACAGCCUGAAACCGAAAAGUGUCCGACUCUGCUCGGAAAUCAAGGGAAUUGCUUACGUUGGAUUCAACACUGAAAAAGAAAUGAAGCAGGCGCUGAACAAAAACAAAAGCUUCCUUGACGGCAAGAGGCUCCUUGUGACUCUGCACAGUUUGCCAAAAACCAACAACGAGGAAGUGGCUCAAGAAAAAUGGAGCAAGCAGGAAGAAAGCCUGAAGAAUGAAGAGACCAUCGCUGAGUCUGGCUGCAUCUUUGUUCGAAACUUGGCUUAUACAACAAGUCAGGAAGAUCUGGAACCUCUUUUUUCCAAAUAUGGUCCUCUUACUGAAAUCAGCGUGCCAGUAGACAAAACAAGCCGGAAAAUGAAAGGGUUUGCUUGUGUGACUUUUAUGGUGCCUGAAAAUGCAGUCCGAGCGUACACAGAGCUGGACGGCACAGCUUUCCAAGGUCGAAUGAUGCAUCUUCUGCCAGGAAAAACUAAGAAAUCUUUUUCGGAAAUGGCUGAAGAAGAGGGAUUGACGUUUAAACAGAAACAGGCCUUGAAGAAAAAAGCUCAGUCUAGCUCAAGCCACAAUUGGAACACGCUGUUCCUUGGUCAAAAUGCAGUUGUAGAUGCCAUGGCAAGGACUUACAACACAACAAAAGAGCAGGUUUUAGACAUGGAGGGCAGCGACAGUGUGGCAGUUAGACUUGCCCUUGGAGAGACACAAAUUGUACAUGAUACGAAACAGUUCCUGGAGCAAAAUGGAGUUUGUUUGGAUGCUUUUAACCAGGCGCCAAAAUCAAGGUCCAAAAAUGUAAUAUUGGCCAAAAACUUGCCAGCUGGAACAACGUCCGAAGAACUACAGGAGAUUUUUGAAAAGCAUGGAGAGUUGGGUCGACUCUUGCUCCCUCCAAGUGGAGUCUCUGCUAUUAUUGAGUUCUGUGACCCGUCCGAAGCCAAGACUGCAUUUACCAAACUCGCAUAUACAAAAUUCAAACAUCUGCCUUUGUAUCUGGAAUGGGCACCUGAAGAAACUUUUAGCACUCAAUAUGUGAAGAAGUUGAGUAAAAAGAAAGUUUCUGAUGGUAAAUUGGAUAAAGAGAGCUCGUCUGAAGAGAUUUCUGGAAAACAAGAAGCGAAGAAUGAGGACAAGGACGAGAGUGAUAAUGAUGAGUCUAUUGAACCUGAAAAUGACACGACUCUCUUUAUUAAAAAUCUAAAUUUCUCUACUACAGAGGACAGACUCAAGGAGCACUUUGCAAAAUGUGGAAAAUUAGCUAGUGUUAGCAUAGCUAAGAAAAAAGAUACAAAGAAUGCUGGUAAGAUGCUGAGCAUGGGCUACGGAUUCAUCCAGUAUAUCAAAAAGUCGGACACUGACAAGGCACUGAAAACUCUGCAACACUCAAUGCUGGACAACCACGCUAUUGAACUCAAAAGAUCAAACAGAACUGCUCAGGGUGACGUAGCAACAGCUAGAAAGAAAGCUAGCAUUGGAAAGCAGACUGGUAGCAAAAUUAUUGUGAGGAACAUUCCAUUCCAAGCUACACAACAAGAAAUCAGAGAACUGUUCAAAGUUUUUGGUGAGCUGAAGGCUGUAAGACUACCACGGAAAAUGGUCGGAACUGGGCCUCACAGAGGUUUUGCUUUCGUCGAAUACACAACAAAGGGUGAUGCUAAAAGAGCGUUUGAAGCGCUUUGUCAGAGCACUCAUUUGUAUGGCAGAAGGCUGGUUCUCGAGUGGGCAGCACCAGAAGAAACAAUUGACGAACUGAGGAAGAGAACUGCACAGCACUUCUUCAAUGAUCAACCAGCAAAGAAAUCAAUGAAGAGCGUCUUGCAAAUGGAUCUUUCUAACAAAGAUGAAACAGAAGAUUAAGGCGGCUCGAAGAUGUGAAUCGGGACAAUGGACGGCAGCACCGCGACCUCGGCCCCGGACUCGCCGCUGCUCAAGAGGAGACCGCAGCUUGCGCCGUCCACGCCGUACCUGCUGUCCAACAAAUAUGCACUGCGCCGAGCUC